UAUUGAUGGACAGGGGCCAAGAACUAAAUUUAUUGUGAGCAAUACACAAUUUGUUCUAAAACGCGAUUCGUUGUAUAUAACAAAAGAUAUUCUACCGAGUACACACUUGUAUAUAUAGUGGAGUGAUCAAUCAUGAAAUGGUACAUGGUGCUUCUGAUAUCUAUGCUCUGCUCCUGUUCAAUAAGCACCAACACUGAAGUAACCAGUGCAUUCUCAGCAGUUUUGAACUGGUGCAAGACAGUGCUGAUAUCCAAUCAACCUGACCAUAUCUUGCCAACCCUAUCAAGAUCAUUAUACUCCACAAAAGAUGAUCUCAUUCAUGCAGUUUUGAAAGAAGACUUACAAGAAACCUUGAAAAAAAUUCAGAGCAACUUCUUGGUUGCCUUGAGAAUUUUAAAAUUCUCUCUGGAUCUUGUUCAAGAAUUUGGAAACUCUCAGAACUUAACAAUAACAUGGACACAAGAAGCGACAAAGCAGUUUUCGAAAAUCCAAUUGAUGCUUACCAAAGCUUACAUGAUCAAUUUGAUGAAGCUGAUUGAAACCCAAUCAAUUUACAAUAUGCCGACCAUUGGCAUGAUCAGCGGACGAUUUCAGGAUGCCAACUUCCGAAGCGUUUUGACUCCAGGGGUGAUGGCAGAUGUCGCCCGAAGAGCUUUGAAAUCAACGCAAAACGGAGACGCGCAGAAAAUAACGCCAACUUUUCUUGUUAAGCAGACAAACGCCCAUUUUUCAGCAAGUGUGGAUUGGGCAUUUCAGGCAUUCAAACACAGUAAACUUGCGGAGGCGAAAAAACAUUGGUCUCUUUUACUGAAGACGGUGAAACAGCACGAUGAGCACUGGAGAAAAUUCGCCGAUGAAAGACAGCGACACGAAGCUAUCAAAGAAACCCAAUUCUUCUUCAACACAACGAUCAGUGAGUUGACCAUGAACGAGCUCGGUUCAUUUUCGGAAACACAUACCUUGGAUGAAAAUCAGAACAGGGAUUUCCAGGGGGAACAUUUUGCCAAAGUUUGUCGUCAGUCUCUGAAGAAGGACUUUUCCAUGCGAGAAGAUGCGCUUCACGAUCCCGAUCUCCUUUGUUGGUUGGACGACAAAGGAUCCACCUUCGGCAGGUUGAUGGAACCCAUCAGGGUUGAAAAGAUGCAUUCAAAUCCAGAUCUCAUCAUCUUUCACAACGCCUUCUCCAGCAAGCAGUGCGACUUGAUCAUAGAUGAACUUGAAAAAAUGGAACAGGUGCAGUUUUACGAGUCAGGAGAAUUCUACGGCCAUCAUCGAGACGCUUUCUCGGACUUGAAUGCAUCAAUUCCAACAUUAAAUGACGUGGAACUCGGUGGGGCAACGGCCUACCCGGAAAUCGGGACGUUCAUCAAACCAGUCAAGGGUACAGCAACUCUAAUGGUGAACCACAACCCGGAUGGUACAAUUGCCCAAUCUAUGACUCACGGAGGAUGCCCGGUGGUCUCGGGUGUUAAAUGGGUGGGAGUGAAAUGGCUGCACGGUCCUUCAAAAGACGGAGGCGGAAAUCGAAUCAAUGAACCUUCGCAAUAGAGAACCGAACGAAAGGACGAUUUCGAGCAAGCAUGUGUAGAAGAAAUUGAUAUUGUAUUGAAAUGAGAAAAAAAAACGACGUGAAUCUACGGCUCUGAGUAAAAAUCCGGACGGUGAA